AUGUGUUUGCUUCUGCGCUGCUUUGUUUUUUUGCUUUUGUUGGUGUCACUGUCGUUGCUGGCGGCUUGUGGUACUGAAAUUAUAGCAUUAGCUUAUAAAUACUAGACACGCUAGCCAACCAACGACCGAACUCACUAACUAGCUAGUAAACUUACUCCACACACAAACACUAACCAUUCACCAACACACACCAACAUCCUCACACAACGUUCGAGCAAAGUAACGGUAUGGCGCAACAGCUGAAUUAAACCGCUGCCGCACCACUUAGCUCCUUAACCACAUUCAAGUAGUCAACGCUGAUGCAUUCAGCUAUUUAACCAUCGAGCCACUCAGGCACCACUUUUCCAAUUCCGACAAAUUUAGUCGUAUGUCGGAGGUCAAACGGAGCAGAAAGCGACACUUGAGCAAACUAAACGAACGGGAACGCAAAACGGCUCAAAGCAACAAAAGCACACACAAAGUCCACGGUGUAGUGUGAAGAGCGCCAAGUGCUGAGCGUAGAGUGUCCUUAAAGGAUAUGCAAUCUGCUGUGUUGUUGUUUUAGCAUAAACACCCCCACACACACACACACAUGUGCACACAGCGGGCAGGCAAUUAAAGUCUGUUGUGCCAUAAAAUUCAAUGUGAAUUAAAAAGUAAAAAUGAAAUACUUAGCAAUAACAGAAACAAGUGCGUUAAAAUGAAAUAAAAUUAAAUACAAAAUAAAAAGAGAAAAGGCAGUGCAAGGUGGAAAGUGAGUGAAAAUAAAAAUAAAAUGUUGGUGUGAUGUCAUGCGAUUUGCGCGCGCACGUCAAGGACAACGCGCAAAGGAUACGCGGCAACAAGGCUAAGUCCUUGUACAUAUGCAUAUAUGUAUAUGUCUCUAAAAAUGUAUGUGGUCGUGUGUAAAAGUAUGCACAUGUAAACUGGUGGAUAAACGCUGUCAGGGCGUCUAAAGUGAAUGAAAAUUUAAUGAAAUGUCGCUAAUGUGGCACGUUAAACUCAAUCUCUUUUAAAUAUGUUAGUAGUGCUGUGUGUGAGUAUGUAUUUUGCGAAAAGUUUCAUCCAGUGUAAAUAAAGAAGAUUUUGUGAGGUGGCUCUUAUGACAAAUGGAAUUUGCCAAGCAAAGUCAAGUUUGCCUUUAUAUGUGAGUAUGAAUGUAGGCAUGGAUAUGCGUAAAAGUUUUGCAUACUUCCAUACUACAUGUUGUCUUCUCCGAAAUGUGCUUUGGAUCAAUAAGCUUGAAUGCGUGUGCGGAACCAAUAAAAAAGUGAAAGUAAAAGCAGUGAAUCAAAAAAAAUCGUUUGCGUUUCCAAGUGUCCUCGCUUGCGCUCUCAUCACUGCCGCUGAGUCCUGCCAGCAUUAAGUGCCUAAUCAAAGACAAAUUAAAUUGCGUUUUUCGUUUUUUACUCACGUUCUGCGACGUGCAGGACAUGCGAGUGCCAAUGAGCAAUUAUACACUUGGGUAAAUGUUAAGGGCACCCUGUAUUUAUGUGCCGUACCCACUUUUCGACGUUUAUGCCGUUAAUGUGUUGGCGGCUGUGUGUGGUACGUAAUGCCAUGUGAAUGCGGCAAACGCUUAAGGACGCUUCUGCUCUAAAAAUAAAGUUUUGCUGGGCGCCACUGGCACAACCCUUGAAAGUGCAUAAAUAUUUUGUAUACAUAUGUGUGUACACAGUGUUUGAAAAAUGUUAGCAUAAAAGUGUCUACUUUUACCUGUGCAAUCAAGAACGCAAACACACCAAUUAGUUUGCGGUGAAUAUUCCGAGAAAGUAAUAAAAUAUUGGUGCAGCUUUAAAACGCGCAUUCAAAGCAAAUAAACUCAGCACAAUGCGGUUCAACAUUGUGAUGGCGCGGCGACACCAUCACUGUCUCCUAUUGCUUUUACUUCUCACGCAAGCGUUCCUAACCUGCUCGGCGCUACCCGCCCCAUCAAAUACGCUUGCAUCACAAACUGGCGCUGGAUUAAGCUCCACUAGCGGCAACAACAAUGCUAGUGGCAACAGUGCCGUUAGCAAUAGUAAUAUAAAUAGCAAUAGCAACAACAAUUUCGUAGGAAAUCCCAAUGUGAGCAUAAAUAGUGGCAGCAAUAUUGCGAGCAACGGCAAUGUUAGCGGCAACUCUAUAAGCAGUAGCGGCAGCAGCGGCCUAGGCGUCGGCCCAGGCAGCAACAGUAUCGAUUUACUCAGUGCAGCUGGCACAAGUGCGGUCGGUAUCAGUAUACCUGGCGGCAGUGGCAACAGCAGCAACAUUAUUGUAUUGCCUAGGGAGAAGUUGUACGAGAAGUGCACUGGGCCAGGAGAUCCCGGUCCAUGCAAGCAAUACAUUUACAAAUGGCGUUACGAGCCGCUCUCCAACGAGUGCACCACCUUCAUUUGGGGCGGCUGUGAUGGUAACCCUCAAAAUCGUUUCAAUACAGAGGCUGAAUGCUUAUAUCAUUGCAUUGGGGGACCGCAUACAUUGCCUCCUUUCCUACGCUCCACCACCAGUGAACCUAGCACCACCGAGUCAACACAGCAGUUGUCAUCCAACACUGUGGGACCUGUGUAUGGCGGCGGCGAUGCUUCAGACUCCAGCCCUGUACCUUUUGAUCAGCGAGGCCCAGAACUAACGUUUGCCGAAACGGGCCAGGAGAAAACAUUCGUCUUUGCCAAGAAUAACACAUUCAUCCAAAUGGACGGUGACAUUAUACAAACAUUUCAAUUAAGACUUUGUCGAGAGAUCUCAUUUCAAUUUCGAACGCGUCUACCACAUGGUCUACUCGUCUAUCAUAACGUAAAAAAUCCGGAUCGCAUUAACUUAGACCCAUAUGCACUGUAUGUAAUUGUAGAGAAGGGGCAACUAAAAGUGGUGCACGUUUUUGGAAAGCACUCGACGAGCGUUACCGUGGGCGAAGGACUCAAUCGUGACGAAUGGCACAGUGUGAUGGUACGCAUCGAUGUCCAUGGGGCAAGAUUGAUUGCACGCGUUGACAACAGUCAAGAGGAAGUUUACCUGAAGGGCUUGAACCACGACACUAACUAUGGAGUGUCGACGAAUCUGCCGUCUGUGGUGCUGGUUGGAGGUCUUUCAUCGGAGGAGAAACUGCAUGGCGUCAAGUAUAUCAUUGAAUCAUUCGUGGGCUGCAUUCGAAAUGUGGUAUUGAGUUCGGGGAAAGCAGCAUCCGAUUUGCUGCCCAUCGCCCCUCUGGUGGCUACCAAACAUGAGAACGUCAAUGAGGGCUGCUCCGACAAAUGCUAUUCCAGACACAAUUUAUGUUUUGUGGGCUCCCGUUGUAUUAAUCACUAUUAUGACAUUUCAUGCGAUUGCUUUGGCACUCCCUACGAAGGCGAGCACUGCGAUAUUUACACCGCAACGAUAAUGACUCUACGUGGCUCCAGCUAUGUCUCGUAUCGCAUUUACGACUGGAAAGACCGAGUGCAUUCCUCGAACACCCGCAUCAGCCUCAUGUUCCGCACACAGUUCGACGAUUCAGCGCUUUUCUAUGCUAGUGGCGAGUCACUUAAACAUCAAUACAUCGCUGCCUCGAUAAAAAAUCAAUCAAUUCAUGUGGAAAUGGAUUUCGGAGAUAACGUGCUGUCGACAGUGCUCACUGAUGAGUUGACACGUAGUAAUUGGCAUAAUUUAACCAUUCACCAUGAACGACGCACAGUUCGCAUCAUACUUGAUCAGCAAAUGAAAGUAUUGGACAUACCAGCGACAUCAAGCAGCAAUCUGCUAUUCGAUCCCGAAAUUUACUUCGGUGGCGGUCCGGAUUUGCACAAGAAGAAGGGCUUGCAUUCACAGAACAAUUUCGUUGGCAGCCUGAAGUAUGUCUACUACAAUGAUGUGUCAAUUUUAUAUGAGCUACAAAAGAGUAAUCCAAAAGUGCACUACCACGGUGUCCUCGAGGCCGAAUUCCUAGAGAACGAAGUCAACGUCAUACCCAUUACGUAUCCCUUCGCAACAUCUCACAUUUGGUGGCCCAUAAAUCACGCCGAAGAAUUUAAUAUUAAAUUCGAUUUCCGGAGUAGUCGUACAGCAGCCGUAUUGGCAUACAGUGAUGUGACAACAGCAUCCGGAAAUGGAUUUUGGGAGAUACGCCUCUCCUCGGACAAACUGAGUUUUGAUCUAGUGCCCGAUUUGGGCAGCAACCUCACCCACUCUACAGUGAUCAAAGUGAAUAGAGCCACCUCUUGGCAUUCCGUUGAACUGGACUACAAAGCGGGCGAAAUCACAUUCACCGUUGACUACCAUCUAACACAGAGUCAAAUGUUUGGCUUGACUUUUAAUAUCGGCGACAAGUUAAUUAUUGGCAGCAGUCUUAAGUCGGCCGCCUCUGGGCUGGUCGGCUGUAUACGGGACAUUGAAAUCAAUGGUCAUCUAAUCGAGCCGCGACAUGUUGUGAAGACAGAACGUGUGGUGGGCGAGGUUGCGUUGGAUAACUGUAACUAUAUUGAUCCGUGCAAACGUCCGAAUACUUGCGAGCAUGGCGGCAAGUGUUUCGUAAAAGAUGAUCGUGUCACAUGUGACUGCAAACACACCGGCUACAUUGGCAAGAACUGUCAUUUCACGAAAUAUCGCAAGACUUGUGAGGAACUGGCCCUACUCGGUUACACCAAAUCUGAUGUGUACCUCAUCGAUAUUGAUGGAAAUGGUGUAUUUCCUCCUGCGCAUGUUAAGUGCGACUUUCAGAGCUUGGAGAAUGCUACCAAAACUAUUGUCGAGCACAAUUUACCAAGUCAAGUUGAUGUUCGUUCGGCGAGCGAAAAUGAUUUUAGCUACAACAUUCGUUACCGCGAAUUUUCGCCAGACAUGUUGCAGGAAUUGAUCUCACAUUCAUUAUAUUGUACGCAGUACAUUAAGUACGACUGCUAUAAGGCACCGUUGGAGCUGCACUCUGCAACUUGGUUCACUUCGUCCGCGAAGAAUCUGACUGUGGAUUUCCUCGGCAACGCAAAACGUGGUGCUUGUCCCUGCUCUAUCAAUAAAACAUGUGUGGAUCCAAAUCAAUCAUGCAACUGUGAUGUGAAAGAAAACAAAUGGUACUCCGACGAGGGCUACUACAAUGAGCCGCACAGUCUUGGCAUCACGAAUAUGUACUUCUUGCAACAAAAAGACCUGGAGGAGGACUCACAGGGACGUAUUACGCUGGGGCCAUUAGAGUGUGUCGAAACGAACACCCAAAAGUAUGUUGUUACCUUCACCACAUCACAGUCGUACAUCGAAGUACCUGGCUGGAGGAAGGGCGAUAUUGCCUUCUCCUUCCGCACCACCGGCGAAAAAGCCAUUCUGCUCUUUCAACCACCCAUACGUCCGAACCAUCCAUCCUUUAUGGUCGCACUAACCGGCGACUAUCAGCUGACAUUCAAUUUCACCCUCAGCACAGGAACAACAAGAGAGCUGGUAAUUAACUCGCAUCGCAAACUGAAUGGUGGUGAAUGGCAUAAGAUUUGGAUCGACUACAAUGAGUAUCACGUGCGCUUUAUGAUAAAUACAGACUAUCAAAUGGUUGAUCUGCUGCCGGAAGAAGAAUUCGGACCAUUCGAGGGCAGCAUGUACAUCGGUGGCGCCACAGCUGACCUGCUGAAGAAACUCUCUGUUAAAGCUGGCCUAAUUGGUUGCUUCCGCGGACUAGUCGUCAACGGCGAAAUACUCGACAUUUACAGUUAUAUGUCCGUACAUCUUUCAGAGAUAAUUAAAGACUGCAAGCCUUCGUGUGUCCCAUCUCCGUGUAAAAAUGGCGCGCAAUGCAAGGAACUAUGGAGUACCUUCCAGUGUGUGUGCAACAACCCUUGGGCGCACAUCGGUGAAUUCUGCGAGACAAACAUCAACGAGAAGGCACUCACCUUCAUCACACGUGAGUCGUUUUUGAUGCGCAAUUACAUUAACACACCCGCCGCUACGCCGCCCUUCCUGCCGGCCGCCUACUCCAUCUACGGUAUCAAUGAGGAACGGGACAUUCUUAAAGGCAUCCUCGCACAAGACAUUCUCAUAAACUUACGCACUUACGAUGCGAAUGCGCUAGUCUUAUAUGCAAAUGAUCAUUACAACAAUUUCGUGCACUUGUAUAUUAGCUCCGGUCGCGAAAUUGUCUUCCUCUAUAAUUAUGGCGAUGCAAUUGUUAAUCUGACUAUUGUUGAUGUGUCCGUGAGUAGCUUGAACAGCAUUCAGGUGGCCAUUGAGCGUGAGGAGCAACGCACCACGAUGCACGUGAACGAGCAGAGCGUAAGUGUUGACAGAGGCAUGCUGCUAUUGGAUGAAUACAGCAACAAACCGUGGGUCAAUCCGGAUAAAGAGGUUCUCUCACCACACCGACCACCUGCACCGCCAACGGAGUAUUUCCAAUUCAAUAUUGGCGGUUAUGAUCCUGCGAAUUUGCUAAGGCCCAAUCUGGACGCUCCGGCGCUGCAGGGAUAUAUUGGCUGUGUGCGUGGCCUGAAAAUUGGCACAAAUCUAAUCGACUUGGCCGACAUCAACGAACGGAAUAUAUCACCCACCAUGGAAGGUGUGCUGGCCAAUUGCCAAAUCAAAUGUGAUGCCGAACCUUGCAAAAAUGGCGGCAUAUGUAAGGAGAAUUUUGCCAAACAGGAGUCAACAUGCGACUGUGAACACACCAGUUUCCUGGGUGAAUUUUGUAUGGAGGAGAAGGGAGCGGACUUUAGCGGCGAAUCAACAUUGUUGCGUAAAUUCGAGCUUACCGGCAAGGUGGACUACGUACGAUUGCAAUUGGCAUUCUCCUCGUUUGAUUUGCGGCGUGCCAACCGUGUGAUGUUGUUAUUGCAGCCGACCGGUGAUCGCAGUUAUUACCUGAUGGUAGCUAUUAACGCUGAUGGUCAUCUAGUAUUCGAAGAGGACCGUGAAGGGCCGGCUGUUGGUGCGCACAUCGAUCGAAGUUUUCUGAAUAAUGCACGCCACUCCAUCUACUACAUACGCAACGGCAGUGAGGCCACUCUGUAUAUUGACCGCGAAAAGGUGCCAUUGACAAAGAUACAGACACGUGCUCCGGUGCCAACGAGUGAUGUGGGUGGAAAUCGUGUACAAAUUGGUGGCAUCAAUACAACAGAUGCGAGAUUUGCUGUGUUCAAGAGUUAUAGCGGUUGUCUGUCGAAUAUUUACAUACAAGUGAAUAAUUAUGUGAUGAAACCGCUGGAGGAAUACAUGCUCUUCACCAAGUCAGGCGCCGACAACAUAACUGUUAUUCACCCGCAGGGUCUGCGCAGCGCACAGUGUAUAGCCAAAUUCGAUAUUUCGGAGCAGCCAUCACAGGAACCAAUGGUCAACGUGAGCUCGAGCGUUGAGACUUGGGUUGAGGAUCCACCGCAACGCGUCCUUUAUGUUGCCAAAUUCGGUUACGACGUAUCGGAGAAGGAGGACUCCACGCAAGUGGUAUUCAUAACGCUGACGUCGCUCUUUGUGAUCAUAAUCAUUUGCUGCCUAAUAGAGGUAUACCGUAGUCAUCGCGCCUACAAGAAACGCAUCGAACGGCAGACUGACGAGGAUAUCAUAUGGUCCAAGGAGCAAGCGACUAAAAUGCAUGAAUCGCCAGCUGUGGCGGGUACACAGUCUUAUGCCUAUAAAGUGUUGCCACAGGAUGAAAAGAAGUCGGGAAAUGGAGCUCCGCUGGUGGGUAUUUUGAAAAAUGGUAGCGCAGCUGGCGCUGCAUCAGCUUCAGGCGCAGUAACGCCGGCUAAAGAGAAUGGCAGCACAAAGAAAAACGGGGACAUACCACUGGGUCAGAUUGACGCGCGAAUCGAUGAAGAGGAUGAAGAUGAUAACGCUGAUACCGCAAAAAUAGAGGUGGACAAAAGCUUAGAUGAAGCCAUGGAGACAGACCAGCCUGAGAAACAAGUGCAUGGAAAAGAGAUUAGUCAGAAAGACGCUGAGAACAUACUUGAGAACAAAACAACCAACGCAAUCGAAAAAAAACACGAAAGCAAUGCUAAUGGAAAUAAGAAUCCCAACGAAAAACCGAUCGACGGUAAAGAAGACACAAAAGCUAAAGAUGAAAAUAUCGAACCGGCGGAACAAGAUAAACUCAACGCAACGACGCCGAAGCAAAAUGCAGAAACUGGCCAAGUAGCGCCCAGCACCGAGACCCUUUCUCCAGCACCACAGCAAAAUCCAGAAAAAGAGACUCAAACGCCUGCCCAAAUAGAUGGCGAUUUAGUGGACGGGCCACCACAGCAGACAGCUCCUGCGCCUACAAAUGGCUCAACAUCGAACGGUCACGGCACGCGAAAAACCGCGCUGCUCCAACCACAACAACAACAGCCAGUGCAACCCAACGCAACACGCAUCGAACGCAAGCCGUCGGUUAAACGACAAGUGUCCUGGGGACCUCCGACGGUGGCAAAAGCGGAUGCGGAAACACUCAAACUCACCAUAACAGCACCCGUCUACAAACAAAAUGGCUACUACGACAACACAAGCAACAAUAAAAAUAAUGCAAAUAGCGCGACAAUGACAUGAAAUUGGCGGGAGAGUAGUCGCAUACACAACAACAGCAACUACAAAUGAUUUAAAAAAUACAUAAAGGCAUUAAGUAAACUGGUAUAAAUAGUUUCAUACAAUCGCAUCAUCGCACAUUUACAUACAUAAAUAAGAGAAAUAAGUGGAAACAGGAAGUCAUAGAGAUAUUAUAUGGUUUAAGAUAAUUAAGAUUACUGCCGGAUAUCUGGCGCACUUGGAAAAAUGUGUUAGCUCGCAUAAGGAAGCUUAUGAUCAAUUAAUUUUUUACAACAAAAAGUAGUUUUACAUUUGACUUUGGUUCGUAUUUUACAAUAUAACAUUAUCACAACUUAUACACAAUAAUACCUAGGAAUACAUAUGAAUAAGAAUACAAAUACAAGUAUGAGUAUAUAAUUUCAAAAAACUAAGAACAGGAAAUGGAGCCCGCAUUACUCUCUUCAUAUUGACAGCAAUAAAUUUAUAAGCUCAACAAAAUAAUUAAGCAUUUUCAUCCUACUCGUGGCUUUAAGCUUCCCGAGUGUCCAAAAUAAUGCUGAAAGAUCUUCACGAUGUUAGAGAACGAAGUAAUGCCACACUAGAAUUCGCAUUAAUUAAAAGCGCAGCAUUUUAUAGCUGCUCUACUGCUCACUCCAGUCAUGACUAAGAAAUCUUGAUAUUUGAAAUUUAUUCACACUUCAAAAUUUAAAGGACAUAUUAAGUUGCCUUAACUAGAGGUUAAAACUCGUUCGUUUUGUGAAAAUACUAACUACAGUUUGAAUUUUUUACUCGGAGAACCUGGAGUCGCACGAACUGUAUCGAAUAUAUCUCUAGACAAUAUAUGAUAUAAUGAAGAUCUGCAAAAUUUGUUUAACAAUUUCAAAAAACCAGUGACUGAUAACGGAGAAUUAAGGUGCUAAAAGUAAAUUUAGGGAAAGGUGAAAUUCUAAAAAUGAAUCAUCAACUACUAAUAUAAUUAUUUUCAACUGAAAUAACUCAUUUUUCCAUAUCAAUUGCUCUAAAGCAAAUCCAACAUACCUUUUUUUCUCUUAAGGUAUUUUAUUUUUCAAAUAAUUAGUUUUCAUUAACUUGCGUAUUCAUUUAAGAGUGGGAGCGUUUGUAAAUAACAUAUUUUUUUGUGAUAUUUGACUUUAAUAAACGAAAAAUAGAGAUGAAUUGAUCGCAUUGUAAACAUUUAGCAUCCUUUCAGAUGUUUUAAAUAAAUAUCAUUACAGUCUCAAAGAAA